AUGUCUGCACCCGAUCCCAAGGAAGCCUGGCAGCGCAUCCAGACCGAGCUCACGCGACGGACACAGAGAUUCGGUGGCGGCGGCGGACCACCCAAGGGCACUUUCGGUGGACUCGGGGCUCUCGUCGUGAUCGGUGGUGGUCUAUACCUCGCGAACAAUGCGCUCUUCAACGUGGACGGAGGUCACCGGGCAAUUAAGUACACCAGGAUAGGUGGCGUGCAGAAGGAGAUCUACAGCGAAGGAACCCAUUUCCGCCUCCCAUGGUUCGAGACGCCCAUCACCUACGAUGUGCGCGCGAAGCCCCGAAAUGUCGCCUCUCUCACCGGCACAAAGGACUUGCAGAUGGUCAACAUAACCUGCCGUGUGCUCUCGAGACCGCGUGUCGAUGCUCUGCCGCAGAUCUACCGGACGUUGGGAACGGACUACGAUGAGCGAGUGCUGCCCUCGAUUGUGAAUGAGGUGCUCAAGAGCGUGGUGGCGCAGUUCAAUGCGAGUCAGUUGAUCACUCAGCGUGAGAAUGUCAGUCGGUUGGUGAGGGAUAACCUCGUGAGGAGGGCGGCGAGAUUCAACAUCAUGCUCGAUGAUGUAUCUUUGACGCACCUUGCCUUCUCGCCUGAGUUCACCGCCGCCGUCGAAGCCAAGCAGGUCGCCCAACAGGAAGCCCAGCGCGCCGCCUUCGUCGUUGACAAAGCCCGCCAGGAGAAGCAAGCCACAGUUGUCCGCGCACAGGGUGAGGCACGAUCUGCUGAGCUUAUUGGUGACGCUAUCAAGAAGUCACGAACAUACGUCGAUCUGAGGGAGUUCGAGAAUGCGAAGAACAUUGCACAGAUCUUGCAAAACUCGCAGAACAAGGUGUACUUGGACUCCCAGGGCUUGGGUCUGAAUGUCAGCCAAUCGGCUUCGGACAAGGAGAAGAGGGGUCAUUGA